AUGUAUGAACCCUACCCCGUCCCAGAUCUUGCACGAGAACAUAAAAAAUUCCGUUACAGUAGCUUGUGGGAAUUUGCAAAACAAGAUUUACGCCUACUUGGUUUUUUACUCAUUAUCGGCGGAUUUAUUGGUUUAGGGAUAGGGUAUUUUUGGAUUUGUAUUUCCAUCGGUUUUGCUGUUUUUUUUCUGUUUCAAUUACGCUCUUUAUACUUGGUCAAUGAGUGGAUUUCGAAUCGUCCUUACGACUCUCCACCCAAUCUAGAAGGUAUCUGGGGUGCGCUGCUUUUUAAUGUUUAUCGUGCACAACGCCAAGAACGGGUUGUUCAAGCUGAAAUGGUCGGAUUGAUUGAUCGGGCGCAAUCCUCACUGAUAGCUUUAGCAGAAGCUGUUGUUUUAACGGAUGAAUUACAUCAAAUUGAAUGGUGGAAUCCUGCUGCGGAAAGACUGUUAGGCAUUCAACCGCUAGAUCGUGGUCGUAAUAUCUUGACCAUUAUCCGCCAGCCGAGCUUUAUUGAAUAUUUUAAUAAUAUCGACCAAUCUCCAGAUGGCAUUAAAAUAAAAUCUUCGGUUUAUGAAGAGCAUUAUGUACAGAUUAAACUGACACGUUUUGGUAGUGAAAGCCGUUUGCUCGUCGCUUACGAUGUCACACGUGUACAUAAUCUGGAACAAAUGCGCAAAGACUUUGUCGACAAUAUUUCACAUGAACUUCGUACCCCGCUGACUGUACUCAGUGGUUAUAUCGAAACCUUUACCGACCAAGAAGAUUUAAAUCCGCGCUGGAAACGUGCCUUUGAACAGAUGCAAUCGCAAACACGUCGUAUGAAUGCCUUGGUCAAUGACUUACUCUUGCUUUCACGUUUAGAAGGCAAUAAACAGGUCGCAAAAAAUCAAAUCAUCGAUAUGCCAAAUUUGAUGAAUCAACUUUUUGAUGAUGCACAAGCCUACAAUGUCGAUUAUGGCCAUACUUUAAAUUUAGAUAUUGACAGUCAUUGUGACUUAAUUGGUUCUGAUGCAGAGCUUGCCAGUGCGUUUAGUAAUUUAAUCACCAAUGCGAUUAAAUACACCCCUAAAGGUGGCACAGUUACAAUCGGCUGGCAUGAUGACAGUGAACAUGGUUAUUUCACUGUUGAAGAUACCGGGAUCGGGAUUGAUCCAAAACAUAUUCCACGUUUAACCGAACGCUUUUAUCGCGUAGACAGUGCACGAAGCCGCCAAACAGGUGGAACAGGUUUAGGGCUUGCCAUUGUGAAGCAUGUUUUAAUGCAACAUAAUGCGUAUUUAGAAAUUGAUUCUAAAGAAAAUCGGGGGUCUAUUUUUAGAGUGGUUUUCCCCAAAGAGCGCCUUGAUUUUGCAGAAUGCGCAGACCCAAUUACUUGGGUUAAAGACCAU